UCAUGGAGGAGCAGGAUACAAACCAUUUUUGUGGUUUGAGUGGAUUCUGACCCUGAUUUUUGGAUUGAAUGCUCUUCAUCAUUUCAUUUGCUACUGUUACGCAACAUUGAACCUGCGUCCAAUUGUUUUGAGUCCACGUCAGAAGAUGUUACUGGGUAUAAAUAAGGAUGAUCCGUUGUUUCAGACUGGGAGUGCCAGUCCUGGGAGUGUCAAAAGACCAGUAUCAGAUUCUCCUAUCAAUUUGCCUUCUCUAAACCUCAGUCGGCGAUCGUUGGGGUCCCCAGGUCUCAACGAGAGCAAGACUUAUGCAUCUAGUCCUUUUUCCAAGUAUAAGGGUCCACCAUCUCCAAGGACAUUGAAUGUUACUCCAAAUACAUCUUUUAAUAAAUCUUUAAACAUUUCCAUCAAUGGUAGUCUCACUGGAGAAGGGAUUAUUCAAGAUGAAACAGAGUUGCGAAAUUAUUUGAAAGAUAUUUCUGAGCGAGAGAGAAAAACCACUCUCUCCACUAGUGUGGACCAGCCCUCGAAUCUUUUAAGCAGUUUCUGGUCGCAUCCUGCUACAAGAAAUCCUGGGGAAGUGUCACCAAUGCUGAGGAGAUGCGCUUACCAAUUAGCUCCAACAAUUGAUAAAACGAAAUCUACCAGUCCUGGCGCUGAAGAGGGCAUAUCACCACGAGGAUUUUUUGGUACUCCUGAUAUCUGGAGAAAGUACAGAAUCGAUCCUAACAGGGUUAAUCAAUGGACCGCGAAUUUAAGAAUGUGGAUUAGCAAAACUGUUGUCGAACGUGUAUCAAUUGAAAUUGACAACGUGUGCUCAGCCCUCAGUCGUCAUGGUCUAACUGACUCUCAGCCUGGCCAUGUAGGCCUUGACAGACUCAGAAAGCUCGCUCAAUCUCAAUCUUUAGCAGUACCAACCCUUCCAACUCUCGUCCAAUUCCUGGAAUUAUCGAAUAAUCAAGAUUAUUUGGUGAAGAGAAUAAAGCAAUUAGCGAAGGGCGGAUCGAUGAGUGAAUUCAAGUGGAACAGUGGAGGAUCGUACAAUGGGAAACCGUGGGAUCCGAGUACACCAACAGAUACAGCUAUUGUCAUGCAUCUAGUCUCAUCGUACAUGGACACACAACUAGAAGCCCCUUUGGAUCAACCAGACGCUCGUCCUUUCACAUCCAGAUACAUGGCAAAAACAGCAACAGAGUUACCAAGAACUAAAGGCCCAAUUAUUGUUCGUCAAUCAACAGAUCCACCACGUUAUUGCUUGGCUCUCAGUGGAGUCUGUUCACCUGUUGACUAUGAAGAAAUUCCAAGGGGACGAAACAACAUGUUCCACGCCCUCUUACUAUUUUUCUACAUCAUAAAAAGCCGAGAUCAUGGAAUGCUUGGACGAGUCAACCUAGGAAUGUCUGGAGUAAACGUUCUCUGGGUGAUCGACAGCUGAAAAUAAUUAUCUUCCAUUGAUUUUUUUCCCACAUUACCUUUAUUAUACAUCAAUUGAUGAAUUUGUAGUUAUCUCUGUAUUAAAGCUGAUUAUCCAAAUAAAUCGAAGGAUUAAAUUUU